AUGUCUGAAGAUCAACAACCACUCAAAAGGCAGAAGAGAAUGUUUUCAUUCUUUCUGUCGAAAGAGGUUCCACCAUUACCACUUCCAGAGGAAAGGACCACAUUCCCAGAGCAUAUUUGGGACCCUUUUUCAAGAAUGUUUUUUUGGUGGCUUAAUCCUAUGCUUAAAGUUGGGUACAAGCGAACUCUACGGGCAGAAGAUAUGUACAAACUUAAUGACACGCAGAAAACGGAGGUAAUAUAUCAAAGGUUUUUGAGAAUUUUAGAGAAUGAUGUAAAGGCACAUCGGUGCAAGCUGCGUGCGAAGAAGAGUAAUGAUGAAGACAAGCAAACUAAAGGUCUUUCAAAAGAGGCACAUCUCUCUGGUGAUAAGGCACAUUCUCCUACUUUGAAAUUGAUAACAGAGGGAUCCAGUGGCGAUGAAGCUGCAAUUAUUGGUGAAAAAUCCGGGAAUCGCAAACCUUCAGUGCAUUCAGAGCCUACCAAAGAUGAAACUCCUGCGGUGCCACCAUCUGUCCUCAUAAAGGCGAUCUUUAAAACGUUCUGGUUUGAAUAUCUUGUUGGAACCACGGAAAUUAUGGCCAUGAAUAUUGCCUCUACACUUCUUCCUCUUCUUCAGAAGGCGCUUACUAAUUUUGUCGAGGAAAAGGUUGAGGGCAUACCGGUGAACAUGGGUAAAGGUAUCGGCUAUGCAAUUGGCUGUUGCUUUAUGGUGUUAUUUAUUGGCUUGACAAUAAACCAUUACUUUUAUCAUGCGAUGAUGGUGGGUGCUGAAACAAAAGCCGUCCUAACCAAGGUUAUCCUCGAAAAAUCAUACCGCUUGGAUGCCAAAGGACACCAUAAUUUCCCAACAGGUAAAAUCACAUCAAUUAUGAGUACAGAUUUGAAUAGAAUUGAUUUGGCAAUGUCUUUUAUGCCUUUCUUGGUUAUUUUUCCGGUUCCAGUGGCAAUAUGUGUUGCUUUAUUGAUUAUAAACAUUGGUGUUUCGUCCUUGGUUGGUAUUGCUAUUUUUGUUAUCAGUACAAUUAUGCUUGGACUUUCUAUCGGUAAAUUGAUGUACUACAGAGAGAGGGCCAAUAAAUUUACUGAUAUGCGUGUCAACCUUACAAAGGAGCUUUUAAAAGACUUCAAGAUGAUCAAGUUUUACAGCUGGGAGAAUUCAUAUAAAGAUAGACUAACGAAAAUAAGGGGUAAAGAGAUGAGCUUUGUCUUGCUUUUGCAGAACCUUAGGAAUAUUCUUACUGCCUACGUUAUGUGCUUACCAACACUUUCUUCCAUGGUGGCCUUUUGUGUUCUUUAUGCUAUGAGUUCGAAGCGUUCGAUCGGUGAUAUAUUCUCUUCGCUUUCUUUGUUUAGUGCGUUGGCCAACCAGUUCUCUAUGCUUCCAAUGGCUUUGGCUGUUUCGACUGAUUUUCUGAUGGGUAUGAGGAGAUGCGCUGCUUUACUUUCUUGCGGUGAGGUCUCAUUAGAUGGUGACAAACCAGAAGAACUUGGUAGUACAGAUCUUGCUUUAAAGGUUGUCAAUGGUAACUUUUACUGGCAAAUGUUUGGCGCCGCCACAGAGGAAGACCAAAAGAAGAAACAUAAACGAAAGGAGAAGUUAGGUGCAAGGCUUCUUCAGAAACUACAUUUGAAGAAGAACAAAGAAACCUCUUCAUCUGACGAAGAUACAGAUACAAUCAAUGGAACUGACUCAAUGUCUUCAUCCUUUUUAAAGGAUCACCCAUCUUCAGACUCUGAAGAAUCCAUUUCUUCAACAACAUUUCCCGGUUUGAAGAACUUAAACUUCGAAGUUAAGAAAGGAGAAUUCAUUGCAGUUACCGGUCAUAUUGGAUCAGGAAAGUCAUCACUUUUGAAUGCCCUAGCUGGAUUUAUGGCCAAAGAAUCCGGACACGUGUACUGCAAUGGCAGUCUUAUGCUAUGUGGUUCUCCUUGGGUUCAGAAUACAUCUAUUAGGAAUAACAUUACAUUUGGAAGGCCAUUUGACAGACAAAAGUACAGCGAGAUUGUCGAUGCAUGCUGCCUUGAGGAUGACUUUAAACUUUUGCCAGGUGGUGAUAAUACUGAGGUCGGUGAACGUGGUGUGACGCUUUCUGGAGGCCAAAAAGCACGGAUCAAUUUGGCCAGAGCUGUUUAUGCCGAUAAGGAUAUUAUCUUGUUGGAUGAUGUUUUAAGUGCUGUUGAUGCCAAGGUGGGAAAGAAGAUCAUGGAAAGAUGUGUGAUGGGAUUACUUCGAAGUAAAACAAGAAUUUUAGCAACACAUCAGCUUUCUUUAAUUGGAUCUGUUGAUAGAUUGAUAUUUUUAAAUGGGGAUGGUACUGUUGAUGUUGGAACAAUGGAGGAGGUUAUGGCAAGAAACGAGGGUCUAGUGAAAUUGAUGGAAUACAGCGGUGAAGAGGAGGAGAAGAUGAAAAAGGUGAAGGAAGGCCAAGGUAUGGAAGACGAAAACUUCAGUGGUGAUGUAUUUAAGAAAUCUGAAGGUGAAGCCUUAAAAAAAUGGCAAACAAGGAUAAUGAAUGAUUCAAAGGCAUUCAAGAUCACAAGAGAGGAAGAAAGAGCCGUGAAUAGAAUCGAUUUUAGUGUUUACAAGAGUUAUUUGAAGCUUGGAUCCGGCAUGUUCAAAAAGAGUUUCAUUCCUCUUCUCAUUUUGAUGAUGGUUUUAUCCACAUUUUGUAGUAUCUUUACAAAUACAUGGCUUUCUUUUUGGACUUCGCACAAGUUUGCAGGCAAAAGCGAUCAUUUUUACAUUGCUAUCUAUGUUAUGUUUGCAAUUCUUUCUGUGAUAUUUCUUGUGCUUGAGUUCUGGAUGUUGGUUUAUUUCUUCAAUACUGCUGCAAGGAGGUUGAACUUAAUGGCUAUUGGUCGGGUGCUACAUACACCAAUGUCUUAUAUUGAUACAACACCAAUGGGAAGAAUCCUUAACCGGUUUACUAAGGAUACCGAUGUCUGUGAUAACGAACUUAUUGCACAGUAUCGUAUGUUUAUUAAUCCUUUCUGCCAAAUUAUUGGCACCAUGAUUUUGUGUAUUGUUUACCUUCCAUGGUUUGCAAUUGCAGUUCCUGGCUUGACAUUCGUUUACGUUGGGAUUGCCGGAUUUUAUCAAGCUAGUGCGAGGGAAGUCAAACGUCUUGAAGCCGUGCAAAGAUCUUUCGUGUAUUCACAUUUCAGCGAGUCAUUAGGUGGUAUGAAUACUAUCAAGGCGCAUGGUGCUUCAAACAGAUUUCUUAAGCAUAUUGAUGUCCUUCUUAAUAACCAAAACGAGGCAUAUUUUAUUACUAUUGUGAACCAGAGAUGGCUUUCGGUUAAUCUUGAUUUGGUGGCCACGGCAUUCACAUUAUUGAUCUCAUUUCUCUGUUGCUUCAGGGUGUUUAACAUUAGCGCUUCGUCUACUGGUUUGCUUUUGACAUAUGUUCUUAGUAUGAGUGGCUUAUUGUCUUUAAUGCUUCGUGCAUUAACCCAGAUUGAGAACGAGAUGAACUCUGUCGAGAGAUUGAAUCACUAUGCAGUGGAUCUUGUUCAAGAACCUGCGUAUGAGCUUCCUGAGCGAGACCCAUCUCCUGAUUGGCCUGAAUAUGGUGGUAUCGUUCUCGAGCACGUUUUUAUGAAGUAUAGACCAGAGUUGCCAUAUAUAUUGAAAGACAUCAACUUGGAUAUCAAGCCUCACCAGAGAUACGGAUUCUGUGGCCGUACAGGAGCAGGAAAAUCAACAAUCAUGUCAUGUCUCUAUAGGUUGGUUGAAUUCGAAGGCAGAGUAACAAUCGAUGGUGUGGACAUUAGUAAGUUGGGCUUACAUAAACUCAGGUCAAAGCUUUGCAUCAUUCCUCAAGAUCCUGUGCUUUUUGCUGGAAGUAUUCGUCAGAACCUGGACCCAUUUAAGGAGAAGUCAGAUGAACUUUUAUGGGAUGCUCUAAGACGUGCGGGUCUUAUUAAAGAGUCCGAACUUGCAGAAGUUAAGGAGCAGCAUAAGGAGAAGUCCGAUCCUGAGAAUGCUCAUAUGCAUAAGUUCCACCUUGAGCAAUAUGUUGAAGAUGAUGGAACAAACUUUUCUCUUGGUGAACGGCAGUUGCUUGCGUUGGCAAGAGCACUUGUUCGUCAAAGUCGUAUUUUAAUUUUGGAUGAGGCAACCUCAAGUGUUGAUUAUGAGACCGAUUCCAAAAUCCAGCACACGAUAGCGACAGAAUUCUCGGAAUGCACGAUUCUAUGCAUUGCACACCGUUUGAAGACAAUUCUCACUUAUGAUAAAAUCGUUGUUAUGGAUGCCGGGCAAAUUAAGGAGUUUGGCAAACCAUUGGAGCUUUUCAAUGAUAAAAGCAGUACCUUCCGUUCUAUGUGCGAUCAGUCGCAUCUAAUCGAGAAAGACUUUGAGCUUUCAGUCGAUAAUUUUUGA